CGCAUGUCUUGAUGACGUACUACGACGUCAUCAAUGCGCGACAGUAAACAGACCAGACUUCAAGAGCGAAGGACAGUGCUCUCCAGUGUUCAGCUGAGCAUUGGAGACGUUCCAACCACAAAAUUGUCAGCUCGAGUGCAGUAAAUGUGGGAUCAGCCAGGAUGACAUCGGUGGCUGUUGCCUCCACACCUCCAGCCAUGAGCAGCACUCCGGCCAGCAGGGACUACUACUGGCUCCGGUCUUUUGUAGCAGGAGGUGUUGCAGGAUGCUGUGCCAAGACUACAAUUGCUCCUCUGGACAGGGUGAAGAUUCUCCUCCAGGCCCAGAAUCCUCACUACAAACACCUUGGGGUGUUUUCCACUCUCAAAGCUGUGCCAAAAAAGGAAGGCUACCUCGGCUUGUACAAAGGCAAUGGGGCAAUGAUGGUGAGGAUAUUUCCUUAUGGCGCAAUCCAGUUCAUGGCCUUUGAAAAUUAUAAAAAGAUGCUAAAUACACGGCUUGGGCUCACCGGACACAUUCACCGCCUCAUGGCCGGCUCCAUGGCAGGGAUGACGGCAGUGAUUUGCACCUAUCCGCUGGACAUGGUUCGAGCCAGGCUGGCCUUUCAGGUGACAGGGGAGCACCGCUACACUGGAAUUGCCAACGCCUUCCACAGCAUCUAUACCAACGAGGGUGGAUUCUUGGGAUUCUACAGGGGACUGACGCCGACCCUCAUCGGAAUGGCGCCCUAUGCAGGGAUUUCGUUCUUCACCUUUGGAACCCUGAAAAGCCUGGGAUUGCAACAUUUUCCCGACACGCUAGGAUGUCCCUCCUCAGACAACCCCGACGUCCUGGUUCUUAAAACCCAAGUCAACCUGCUCUGCGGAGGAGUCGCCGGCGCCAUCGCUCAGACAAUAUCCUAUCCCUUGGAUGUUGCACGGAGAAGGAUGCAGCUCGGAGCUGCGCUUCCUGACUCGGACAAGUGUGUCUCCCUGCGUAAGACCAUUUCCUACGUCUACAACAAGUACGGCAUCAAGAACGGCUUGUACCGAGGCCUCUCUCUCAACUACAUCCGAUGCGUGCCCUCGCAGGCCGUGGCCUUCACCACCUACGAGUUCAUGAGGCAGCUCCUCCACCUCAACUAAGCGGCGCCACAAACCGGAGCGGAGCAAGGAGCGGCUCGGGCAGAGCCGUCGGAUGCCGGGGUUGCUCAGCGCGACCGACAGGAAGUCGACGAUGUUGUUGCAGACUUUGUGUGACCGUUAAAAGCUACUAUAUUUUUCAUUUUACAAUGAAAAAUGAAUGUGGGAUGUUCACAGGAAGCUUCUGUGGACUUUUGCCAAACUAUAGAACAUUUGACGCACACAUUUGUGCACGUCUGCUCAUAAUCACGGACUCGCUGGUAAUUCCACAUUUGCAAGUCUUACAUGUUGUGAUUUGUCUGGAGGAUUCCGCCAUCAAUGUGCAUCUGCAUCGACCCAUCAGAGAGCAAGAAAAUCACACUGAAUUGUUUACCUUUUUUUUCCUCUCCUAUUUAUUGAUUUAACUUCAGGCUGCCACUGGGGGGCGCCGUUACUUACACCAACGUUAUCGCCGAACACAUUGCCACAAAUCAAACAAAAAUAAAUGUGAGAUUAUCUGCUGCACUUCAAAAAGUUAAAUAUGAAUACGGUAGCUCACAAAUAUGACCAAACUUCAUUUUACUACACGUACAAAUUGUAAUCAUUUAAAAAAAAACG